AUGGAUGGGGGCGUGGCCCACUGGACGGAGAUUCCUGGGCUCUCGGUGUCUGUGACGUUGGCACGGCCCAGGGAUAAGGUGCUGAUCGUGUUCCACGUGGACUGCAAUCCACAGGAUCACUUCUACGACGCCCGCUUUACCGUCUUCCGGCGAAGCGAAGCGGGGCUUGGGGCCGUGACGAACUUGGGCUUCUCCGAGGACGGACUUUGGGAUCGACCUGGUCUCCUCGGACUACACCGCCUCCAGCGAGUUCCCGGCCGGCAUCUUCUGCGACACGCCCGGGUCCGCGGGCACGUGGAACUACAGCGUCUCUGCACGUUCGGAGACGGAACACGGGCACGUCCUCUACGAGCCCUCCCGUCGUCGUGGGCGCGUUCUCUGGCUCCAUUUCGGCAAUCCGGAUGUCUUCCAGAUAAGAGCAGCACCGCGCAGAAAAAAGUAUGCCGUUCUGAUUUGCCCUGA